UAGAUGGCUACAACAGUCUAACUUUUUUUUUUUUUUAGCAAUUUCUUUACUAAGUGCACCUUUUUCUAGCUUUAAAUCAAAGAGAAACGUAAAAGAAAAUUAAUAGAAAUUAUUUGAAUAUGUAAUAAAAACUUAAAGAUAAAAACUAUCAUUACUAAUUUUGAUAUGCAAUAAAAAGAUAUCAAUGAAGUGAAUGUAAUUGCUCUAUGUGUCGAAAAAUGAAAUAUGUUUUAAAGAAAUAUUCACAAGACGAAUGAUCUUCCACAUUGAGAUAUGUUAUAUCAAUAAAACAUAAAUCUUGUCCGCGUUAACUGUCUCGUAAGUGCAGAAAAAUAAACAUCGGAGUAGAGUAAUGCACUUCAUGAUGAUCAAAUGUUUAAAGAGAGAGAGAGAGAGAGAGAGAGAGAGAGAGAGAGGCUCAUCUCUUUAUUAAUGUGUGACUCUUAAAUGACAUUAGCAAUAUGAUACUAUUUGCAUAACAGAAAGAAGGAAAAAUAGUAUUGUUGACCUGUGACUGUGCUUGGCCGAAGUUCCUGAGGUUUUAAGACAAGUUCAUAAUUUUAAUUCAAUGUAAUAUACAAUAUAAACACAAAAUAUAAAGUUACUUGAUAUUGCGUAACGUGUGUUUUGCAGCAGUCUUGAAAUUUAGUUCAACUACAUGACUAUUCUUUGCAAGUAACCUUUAUACUUAAUCGUGCUUUUAUCAGAAAUUUUACUACGAAUGAACACAACCUAAUUUGCAUUAGGAUAUACUUUUGUUUUGAACACAAAAUGAUUUCUAGACAAAUGAUUGCGAAGAUUUGCUUUAAAUAUAGAAAUUCGUGAUAGUGGUUAAAAUGAAUUUCCCGUUGAAAAUGCUUCAAUUUGCUGUAUAAGGCUGCACAAAUAUACAAAAUACACGAUAAAUAUACUGAGGAAAGAUAUGGGAGUGACAGGUCUCAGUCAUAUCUGCAUAUCAAGUUCCAGUUCUAAUCAACUGAGACGAUGAACAACCCCCUCUCUCUCUUUUUCAGAUUCAUUGGAAAUUAUUCAUCGUCACUAUCUUCAUUUUUCCAAAACUACUGCAAUGUUCAAUGUAUAUAUGUGAUUAUGUAUUUAAGGUAAUGAGUCAAUUACCCGAAGUUUAAAUUUUUGUUUAAUGUUGGAUUCUUUUGUAAUUUAAUCAUGUUGUGAUCAUGCAAUUGAAAGCAGUUGUAUGUUGACUUAAAUGUCAUUUCCUUCCCGGAAUGAAUUCACAAAACUUCAAUAAGAUAGUUAUAUGCUGGAUUUGAUUGAUGUAAACAAAAAAAGCAAUGCUAUUUCCUGUUUGUGCUUCACCAUAGUUUAUGUUAAACUGUUACAUAAAGGACGACAAAGUCUCUGUAUUUUGUUUUAUUUUUAUUUGUUUUAUGACAUUUAGAAUCGCGUUAUUUUAAAGAAAUGAAUUUCCUUACGAUAAACAGUUUUCUGUUGGUUAUAGUGCCAAAUUGUAAAGCUGAAAAUUGUUCCAAUAGGAGAAAUGAAAACAACCAAAUUCCGUGUUGUGCAAACUUUUAUCGGGAUAAAGGAGAAUGCAAAGAAUGUCUGCCAGGAUAUUUUGGAACGAACUGUAAGUUACGUUGUUUUUACCCUGGCUUUGGCAAACAAUGUAUGAAUACCUGUGACUGCAAUAUCUCGGAUUGUGACCCCGUCAGUGGAUGUCAAGGAAAUGAUACAGAGAUUCAGAUAACACCAGUGAACACGAGGUCAUGGAUAUCGUUGUCCGUCAAUCCGAAUUUCCCAUGGAGCUACAGUUCUGCAGCUACACAAGACUACUCAACAGAUGAAGAGGAACUUUACAAUGACCGAGGUUUGAAAACCAAGAAUUCAAAAAUGCCAGUUAUAAUUGUUGGUUGCGUCAUUAUACUCUUUAUACUCGUAAAUGGAAUAAAAUGGAUCUCUAAGCCAGUUAAAAUAGCUCAUAUUAUUACAAAUACAAUGGAAGAUAAUGACCUUCCAACCGUGUAUACGGAAAUUGAUGAAAGAUCUGAACAAGAAUUUGAGUCCAACACAAUGCGUACAACUGUCACAUCAACUUCUUUCACGUCUUUGAACGGAAUAGAAACUAGACAACCGCAACUUCCGGUCAGGAAUACCAAAUUAAACUUCUUCUAAAGAGAUUAUGGUUUUUGCGAUAAUAAAACAAUAAACUGAAUACAUAUGUGUAUCUUGCAAUGCAUAUUGUAUCACAUUGCCUAUUUAUGGUAUGAACUCUUUAUUAAUUGAAAAUGUAACCAUUUUUAUGAUCAAAGUCGAGUAUUAAGAGUAUUGCAAACAUGUUCUCAAUGGUAUAACCGCAUCUUUGCUGGCCAAGGAUGACGAUCCACGGCUAUAAACAGAGAAAUACGAAUAGAGAAACACCUUGGAUCGACACCCUUGGCUAGCAAAGAUGGUUUUCCAUUUGAACGAAACACUUUAAAAACUAUUUAAAAAUCCAGACAUGGUCCCAAUGGUGUCCUCCUUGAAUGUAACUCGUUUUAUGGUAUUGCAAAAAUCCCUGGUUGUAUCUCCCUGUAUCACUUAGAUCCAAAAUAUUUUAGUACUGACAAGACGUACCCAUGUUAUUUAUAUUGAAACGCAGAAAAAUUGUGACUUUAUAAUUUUUUUCAUGUAUACUUUUAAUUAAACAUAUGUAAAAGAAAAUACUUGUUAAGUAAACCAAAAUAAACAAGUUGAAAAGAAUUAAACAGAAAAAACCCUUAAUGGUAAUGCUGAUUAUUAUACAAUAAUAACUUAUUAUCACAUUACAUGUAUUAAAACUCCUGUGAACAUUGCAAAAAAUAAGUUGAAUCAAGCACAUCAACUCUACUGUAGGAUUUAAGAAAACAACGUUUAAUCAUACCGACACGAUCUUAAUUGUGGUUUGACUAAUUUGUAAAUAAAAAGCACUUCCUUAUUAAAUACAUAUAUGCUGACCAAUUCUUUUAGAUGCUGAAUAUAUCAGAAUGUAUCGUAAAAUAAAUUGCUUGCAAUAGCUUUACACGUUAAUCAAGGCAGCACUGCCCGAUUUCAGAAACAAGAAUUUAAACAACACUUCAGUGAAUUUUUAAUUAAGAGGGAUGUACGGCCAUUUUGUACAUUUGAGGAUAAAAAUGUAAACAUUUCUUGAAAUGGUUUAAUAAUUAUACAAUAAUCACAACUUUAGUUACAAUUUUAUCGGAAUGGACUUUUUGAUAGUUUUGUAAAACUUUGUAAAACCAUUAUAAAAUUGGUUUGAAACUUCAUUUCAUACUAGGAUGUUAUAUAACAAACAAACCAAUGCAAA